GGCGAGGGUGGUUAAAUCAAUAUGGCCGACUUUCACCGGUUGGUUCGUCUGUUUUGAAUUUUGAUAAAAAUAAUCUUUUCGUAUUAUAUAAAACCAUCGUACGAUAUUUUAAAACAACUUUUGUGUACGUUAGACUCUGUUACUAACUAUGGAAGCGCUUAUACCAGUUAUUAAUAAGUUACAAGACGUUUUUAAUACGGUCGGAGCUGAUGCCAUCCAAUUACCUCAAAUCAUAGUUUUAGGAACUCAGAGCUCUGGAAAGAGUUCUGUUAUAGAGAGCCUAGUUGGUCGAUCAUUCCUCCCCCGUGGCCCAGGAAUAGUGACCCGUCGGCCUCUUGUCCUGCAAUUAGUCUACAGCCCUAAGGACAGUAAGGAACAUCGCACCGCUGAAGAAGGUACUGUAAAUUUAGAAGAAUGGGGCAAAUUCCUCCAUACCAAAGACAAAAUUUACUCAGAUUUCGAGCAGAUCAGACAAGAGAUCGAGAGAGAAACAGACCGUAUGGCUGGCAGCAACAAGGGCAUUUGUCCAGAACCGAUCAGCCUCAAGAUAUUCUCAACGAGAGUGGUCAAUCUGACUCUUGUAGAUCUCCCUGGUAUCACAAAGGUCCCAAUAGGUGACCAGCCAGAGGAUAUUGAAAACCAAAUUAGGAACCUUAUAAUUAAAUAUAUUGGAAACCCAAAUUCCAUUAUUUUGGCCGUUACUGCUGCUAAUACAGAUAUGGCCACAAGUGAGGCUAUUAAAAUGUCUAAGGAGGUUGAUCCUGAUGGCAGACGGACCUUGGCUGUGGUCACUAAACUUGAUCUCAUGGAUGCAGGAACUGAUGCGAUAGACAUCCUGUGCGGUCGCGUCAUACCAGUAAAACUUGGUAUUAUUGGUGUUGUAAACAGGUCACAACAAGACAUUAUUGAUAGGAAGUCGAUUGGGGAUGCUCUCAAAGAUGAAGCGACGUACUUACAAAGGAAAUAUCCUACUAUCGCUACACGCAACGGCACGCCGUACUUGGCAAAGACCUUGAACAGACUACUGAUGCAUCAUAUAAGGGAUUGUCUACCGGAAUUGAAGGUUCGCGUCAACGUAAUGAUCUCACAAUUCCAAUCGCUUCUCAACUCGUAUGGAGAAGAUGUUUCGGAUAAGUCACAGACGUUACUGCAAAUCAUCACAAAGUUCGCCAGCGCUUAUUGCUCCACAAUCGAGGGUACCGCUAGAAACAUAGAGACCACAGAACUCUGUGGAGGCGCUAGAAUAUGCUACAUUUUCCAUGAAACAUUUGGCCGCACUUUGGAUUCCAUACAUCCCUUAGUUGGUUUGACACGCAUGGAUAUUUUGACGGCAAUUCGUAAUGCUACGGGUCCAAGGCCUGCCCUGUUUGUACCUGAAGUGUCCUUUGAAUUGCUAGUAAAGCGGCAGAUUAGGAGAUUAGAAGAUCCAUCUCUUCGUUGUGUGGAACUGGUGCACGAGGAGAUGCAGCGCAUCGUGCAGCACUGCGGCACGGAGGUGCAGCAGGAGAUGCUGCGCUUCCCGCGCCUGCACCAGCGCAUCGUCGACGUCGUCACGCAGCUGCUGCGCACCAGGCUGCCCGCCACCAACUCCAUGGUUGAGAACCUAGUUCAAAUCGAGUUGGCGUACAUAAACACAAAGCACCCUGACUUCCACCGCGAGGCGGCGCUAGUGUCGGGCCUGCUGAAGAGCACCGACACUCUGAUGGACGACCACAGCCCCGUGUACCGCCAGAAGACGCCCAGACCCAAUGCCUCACCGGUACCCACGAUUAUCAAACUCUUUCUUCGCCAAAUGGGUGAAAGAGGGUCCACCCUAGUAUUCUUGGCAAGUGUUUGGGAUUCGUACAACAAGCAUGUGCCGGCUAUCACAGAUGGUCAGGAAAACAGAUCUCCUACUCAAAGCAAUAAUAGUGAAUCUCCAGCAACCCCUCAGUUGCCUCCACUCGUCUUUGACUUCGCAACAAACUCCAACUACAUAACAUUGCAGAUGAAUGGUACACCUGAGAACAAGGUGCUGACUCCUCAGAAACCAGUCAACUUACUGCCCGAGGUGCCGAGCCAUACAUCGCGCAAGCUCUCAGACAGAGAACAACACGAUUGUGACGUCAUUGAGCGUCUGAUCAAGUCAUAUUUCUACAUAGUGCGCAAGUCGAUCCAAGACUCUGUACCGAAGGCUGUGAUGCAUUUCUUAGUGAAUUAUGUAAAGGACAAUCUGCAGUCUGAGCUCGUCACUCACUUGUACAAGUCCGACCAGGCUGAGAGCAUGCUCAACGAGUCGGAACAUAUUGCGCAGAGGAGGAAGGAGGCCGCCGACAUGCUUAAGGCUUUGCAGCGUGCCGGUCAAAUUAUCAGUGAGAUCCGAGAGACACACAUGUGGUGAUGGUCGCCGGAAGACGAAGACUCUAGUCUGUGAAUUAGUGAAUUGAGCAAUAAGCUCUGUACAUACUUCUCUUAAUGUAGGAAAAUUAUGUGCAUUAGGCGAUUUUACUUACAAUAUAUAUUUCACUCACGUACAUUUGCUUCUAUUUUAGUACACUGCAGCUCUCUUUGCUAUUAAUAAAUGUAUUUAUUCAUGACAUUACGUCGGAAACCAAAAAUUCUGAGUAAAAGCAGAUAAUGUAGCAGCAAAUGUAUGUUAGUUGACAGUUUUAAAAGGCACCGCGUACAGGUAAAGCUUUGUAUCGUUAAGUAUUCAGUCAUUUUGCGAGGUUUAUAGUAGUUUAGAGUAUUAUUGGGUAAUCAUUUGAUGAUUAAAUUAACAUGAUAGAGUAAACCGUAUUUCUGUCAUAGGUUUAUUCAGUGCUUAGAAAACUUGGGCUCAGUUAGUGUGCUCUGUAUCAGACUGCAUUGUUAACAUUUUGUGUAUAUUACGCUUUUGAUCAGCAUUUUGUCUUUAUAUUAAUACCCAAUUCCCUAGUACAAACUGAGCAUAAGUUUUUUUGCGCAUACACAUAACCUUCGCGGAACUUUCUGAUUAUUUUGUUAAAUAAGACUUGAAUUUGCUCGAACUAAGGCAAAGCCAGAAUUCCAUAGGUAUAUGAAACUUUCUUUUAUGAUACACAUAAUAAACUCAUUGUACGAAUUAUUACUAUUUGGUUACAUAAAAUAGUGCCAAUAAAUUGUAUUUCUAGGUGCACGGGUGGAUUGUAACAAAGCAUAGUCUGUUUCAGUUGUAUUUUUUUAAAUAAUGCACAAACAUUAUGCUGUUGACUUCAGUUACCAUUUCACUAUGUUAAUGUAUAUCAAGCACAUAAGGUAGGCUUAACAUUAAAGUGUAUUCAUAUUUACAUGGUAGUUUUUAAUGCAGUGAUAUUACUCAAUGUCUGCUACAUAGACAUUUCCAUAAAAGUUGGCUGUCCUUAGUAGUUUUACUGUACCUUAUAAAUAAAAUUUGUUUUGGUUGUUGUAUGGCAGUAGUCAGUUGGAUUGAUUAGGUGUAUAUUCUGUUUGUGCCCUAUACAGGGUGGUUGGUUACUUUUUUUUAAGUAGUUGUCUGAUAGCUUCUUAAAAGGGCUUUUUUAUCAUUGAUUACACCUUAAGCUAGUUUAAGGCAAUAAAAUGCUUUUACAGUAUAUUUUAAAUAUAGUUCCUUGUUCAUUAGUUUAUAAUUUCGCAUGCUGUGUUAUAAAUUUGAUUCACGAUUUCAAGUCAUUUUGUGUCAUGUCCAUACUAAAAUAAUUUAUUUGUUUUAUCAUGAAUUAGCAUAGAGAGUAUUCCAAUGUUACAUGAUGUAUUUAUUGUUGAGUCCAAAAAGUGAUUUGCUUUAUGUAUCGAACGAAACCAAUUGAAUGUUACAAAAAUAAGAUUGUAUUUAAAAGUCUGUUAAAUAUUAAAAUAGAUUAACUGUCAUGGAAA